CAACACUACGUUUUGGUGUCAUUUAUCAGCUGACAGUUAGCUUUUUACAUCAAAAUGUCAGCAAGCAAAGGUUCAUUGAUUAAGGAAGAGUUGCAAGACGAAGGGGGCUUAUUAUCCCUAGAAAAAUUAGAUAGGGCUUCACCUGAUUUGUGGCCAGAAAAAAUUCCAGGCAUCACUGAUUUUAUAGCUAUGAGUAAUACACCCAUACGCACUCCAGCAGCCGAAUGGUCCCGCGGCCUUUCCCAAGAAGAUAUGGCUGCCAUAACACAAUUAAGUACCUUGUCUCCGAAUGCUUUAAUUAUGGAAAUCAAAAACAUCUACGACGAAGCGUAUCAAUUGGGUAUCAGUGAGGCAAAGGAAAUGACGCGUGGCAAAUAUUUAGGUAUAUUCAAUAAUGCCAAGAAGAAGUAAUGUAUCCAGGAACAGCAGUCUUUCAUACCAUAGCGUUUACACUUUAUAAUAA